AUGGAGAUGCUGGAAAGAAGUGCCCGCGGCACAGCAGUUACCGGUGGUAUUCUCGCAGCUACUGUUAAUCCCAUACUAGGGGGAGUAUUAGCGGCAGUUUCCCCAGUAGUGGAGAUAAAUAAUUUUAAUGAAUUGUUGGGAACUUUGAAAAGAAUUGCUGGUGGAGAAUUAGGGGAAGUAAACAAAAAACUUGAUGAGUUAAAUAACAAAGUCAAAGAAUUUUUGCAGGACUAUGAUAAAGACGGCAAUCGAGAAAUUGAUCUUGAUGAGUUAAUUAAUGAAAGAAUGAAAUUCAAUAAGGAAUUAGAUAAAAUAGAGGCCAUUGAACGAGCCAUUAAGGCCUUAGAAAAAGAAGUAAUUAAAUAUAAAAAAGGUUCGAUUGGUGAAGAAAAAGAUGAAGAAACAGAAUCAACAAAAUCAGAAACCCAGCCAACUGCUUUAGAAAUCAAACUAGCCCAAAGAAAACAAGAGCGAGAACAAUUGGAACAAAAAAAGAAUGAAUUGGCAGUUGAACUAAAAGAAAUCGAAAUUCAUUGCCAACAAAUUAAGAAGGAGUUAUCUCAGCAUCAAAAUGAUUUGCUUCUACUUACCGACACUGAUGAGGAAAAAGGGUUAUUGAAAGAAAAAAUAAUUGAUUUGAAAAAGGAGUUAAGAGAAGUUGAGCAAAAAAGGCAUGAUAUCAGCCAACAGUUAAUUAAAACCAACGUUGUUUUGUUCAGUCAGCAGAUUAAGAAUUUAAACUUGGGUUCCAAAGUUAGUCAAAGUUGGACUGCUACUUGUGAACGUGCUAAAAAUUGUGUUUUUCGCACCAAACUUUAUUUAACUACUCCUAUUUACUGCUGA